AUGGCUGAUGACCUUCUGGGCGAUCUUCUGAGUCUGGAGGAUGGUUUCUACGAUGAAGGAUUCCAAGCCGGCGUCGCAGACAGCGCACGGGCAGGGCAUCUCGAAGGCAAGGUCUUCGGCAUUGAGAAAGGCUAUGACAAAGCUCUCGAGCUCGGCAAAUUGAACGGUCGAGCAUAUGUCUGGAAAUACCGUCAGCAAGAUGCCAAACGCGUUGCUACGGAUGAGCCGCUCAGGGCUGGAAGCGACGAUGUGACACGGUCGUCGUCACCCAUCGGAGAAGCAUUCAAUGCCAUGACUAGCUUGCCGAAGAACUCACGGCUUGAUAAGCAUGUUGAUGGCAUUCUGGCUCUCACCGAUCCCGACAAGGUAUCCACCGAUAACUCAGACGAAUCGGUGAGUCAGUUCGAGGACUCUGUUGCGAAGGCCAAAGCCAAGGCCAAAAUGGUGGCCAUCGCUGCCAGUGAGCCACUGGAAGCUGGUUCUGGUCCAGCAGCGAGUAUUGAGGAUAGUGCCGGCCUUUCUGCGCGGCAUUGA